AUGAUGUACCUCAGCCAUUGUUUGUUGAACCCGUGUCUCCGUGCUCUUCCUGUAGGUGGUAACGUGUUCAUAUUGAACGUAUGGGGAGAGCAGGCGGGGCCGUCUAUGCAGGCGAUGCACUUCAGCUGGGCAGCUGGAGCCUUUGUGUCUCCAAUCAUUGCCAAGCUGCUGUUUGGCCUUGAUGGGAACAGCAGCAUGGAAACCAUGGCAACCAACUCCACACUUCCAGGCAUCACAACUUCCAAUGAUCCCAAAUUUCUCUGCUACAUCAACAGCACUCUUGGAUCCAUGUGGGCCUACAUCAUGAUUGGCACCUUUCUCGGUCUGGUGGCGUUCCUCUUCUUCCUCCUCUUCACCUGCACCAGCGCGUCCUAUGACAAAGCACGCACGACGCCAGGAAAGCGCCCAGUGGCCAAACACCAUAAAGCCGUUGUUGUUCUGCUCGCCUUUUUUUAUUUCUUCUACGUCGGAGCUGAGGUGAUGUACGGCUCCUUCAUCUACAACUACGCCAAGGACUACGCACGCAUGCCUCAGGCGGAGGCAGCCGGGCUCAACUCACUGUUCUGGGCUACGUUUGCCGUGUUUCGUGGGUUGGCCGUCUUCUUGGUGGCCUGUUUGUACCCUGGCACCCUGAUCCUGCUCAGCCUGGUGGGCUGCACGCUCUCCUCUCUGCUGCACUGCCUCUUCAGCAGGGAGAAGGUGGUGAUGUGGUCCUGCAGCGCCCUCUACGGAGCGUCCAUGGCCACCACUUUCCCCAGUGGUAUCUCCUGGUUGGAGCAGUACACCGCGGUGACGGGCAACGUGGCGUCUGUGUUGGUGGUGGGUGCUGCGCUGGGUGAAAUGGUGCUGCCCACAGUGUUGGGCUUCCUGCUGGGGAAGUUCAGUGAGCACCCUCUCCUCAUGUACCUGUCACUCAUCAUGGCCACGAUCACCUCCAUCCUCUUCCCCGUCAUUUACAAGCUGGCUGCCACGCCCAGUGGCCAGAGCAGGAGAACCUGCAUUAGGGGCCGACCUCACGCCGACGACAGCGAAUUCUGCCAGGCGCUGCUGGACUCGGGAGCCAAAGAUGAAGAUGAAGAGGAGGAGGAGGGGGACGAGCCGGACACUGAGGCAGAUCAGUGGAACGACGCAGACUUUGAGGUGAUCGAGAUGGACGACGCGGCGAGUCUUGUAAGUUCGCCCGAUAAGACGCCGUCUCCUCUUGACGCGACGGCGUCGCCGCCUCCGACAGUUUCGUUCUCUGGUGGAGACUCGCCCAGAAGGAAACUGCUGCUCUCCGCUAACAGAGAGAAGAGAGACUGAGCAGCAGAGUCUGGGACGUCUGAGUACAUGCACAUGUCCUUCUGUAGAUCUGAUCGUAGAUCUGAUCGUAGAUCUGAUCGUAGAUCUGAUCGUAGAUCUGAGGCGGCUGAGAAACUCAUCUCUGAAAGAAGUGAAACUACGAUGAUAAUGUGAAGGAUUCAAAGAUAAGACGUCACGUUAUUAAAUGAACACAAACGACCGUGUGGAACAUACCACUACAAUUAUGUCUAUUGUAAGAUAAGAACACAUUUAUUUUAUUGACACGUAAUAAAAGACACGUUUCAUGGGUACAGGAAGCGUUACGUCACCUGGUUUAUGUGGACGUGACAUCAGAUGAGUGAGUGUUUUCCUUCUUCGACAGCUUCUGUUUCUGAAGAUCAAUAAAGAGAUUUCUAAUCUAGUCGUAGCGUGCGUUCACACCUAAUCGUUUCCAGCGUUUAUACAAAUACAUUUACAUUGUAAACCAAAGUCAUGUGAUCAGAAAGGCAGGUCCAAAGACCACGUCAUGGAGCAUUGGCAGAGUAACGUCGAUCUGUCCUGCUGUCCCGAUGAUGAGCGAGCAUGCGGGGGUGGAGCAGAGAGUUCUUAUUUUGUAACAUACAUGUAACAUACAUGUAACAUACAUGUAACACGCAAUUGUCACCACGGAGCGCCAAUAUGUGCUAAAUAUGUGGAGGGGAAAGAGUUGGGACCUGCCAGAGAACGAGUGAUGAAGCAGUUUCAUUAUGAACAGAACCAAAAUAAGCAGCUACAACCGCUCUGUUCUGUGUGUUUUGGUGUCCCAGAGUAAAAUGGUACGGUCUGGGUGGAGCUAACAUCUCUGCCUCCAUGUGUCCUCAAGCAAAAUGAUUCACCUUUAGUCAAAGUUUCAGCUUCCACUGACAAAACUCUUCAAUUCAACAUGAGCCGACAAUUCAAGCACCGACUCAACGUGAAGUGCCUUUUCUUUCAGAAUAAAAGCCCUGGGGUUGACACCAUUUUGGCUGUAACUGCACAAAUCCAUGUGGAGUGUAAAGUCUACAAUCAUGUGAUCGUCAAAUGUUAGAGGCUGCGGUGACGUCAUUCCUGCACGCUACGCUGCGAGUGUUAGGACUGGAAGAGAUUUAGUGCCUUGCCAAAGGAAGCGUGAGUAGAGCGAAUGAGUCGAGCUUACACUUCUCAUAUCGUGCCAAAAAGUUAGGGUUAGGGUGAUUUGGAUGAAAAUCUUGUGGUGUUUUUUUGUACACGUUUGAAACUUGAUUGUUUGUGUCCUGUCAAUCAUGUCUUUACUGUGAUGUUUGAGGAGUUGAAAAGAAAAAUAACAAAUGAUUUUUUAAAUACAAUGACUUUUAUUAUCUCAAUCUCAACCUUUCACCCACAGCAAUGUCCAUUAAAAACACAAACACCUCC